AUGGCUAACACAGCCGAGGAAAUCUCAUAUGUCAUCACUUUUGGACCAUGGGUGGCCAGAUGGCUCAAUCUCGACUUCUCGACUGCCGUUGACAUUGAUCACGAGAACGAUCGGUACACAGCAUUCACGAUUCUUGUGCUUGGAGAGUUUACCUAUGCUAUCCUCGUAGGUUCUCCGGCAAAAGGAGGCCUCAAUUUGAACGUUAUGCGAGCUGUCUGGACUCUAGUCAUUGCCUUCUGUUUCAACUCAAUGUAUGUGUACACGGAUGGCUCGGUUCAGCAUAAACAUCCUAUCCGACGUGCUGUCUGGAGCUCUUUUGCAUGGCUCUUGAUUCAUCUGCCACUCUCAGCUGGCCUACUGGUUGGAGGACAUGUCUCUGCAGCAACUGUGAAGGACGAAUACUUGAGUACUGGGCAACGGUGGCUCUGGGGGGGCGGCCUCGGUACUGGAACCUUCUGCCUUUUCCUUAUUGCACUUCUCUACGAAGAUGACGAUCCUCAUAAAUUUCUCCGCUUCAACAAGAUUGAUUCUACCCAGCUUGUAUCUAUCGGUGCAGUGUUGAUGCUCUUGGUUGUUGCAUGGGAAAUUUUUGGAAGCUUGGAGAGGGAUGCUCCUUUAUUUGAAAGCUGGAAUACUCCCGAACUCGACGAUGACCAAGACGAAGAUGCUCCGAUCUUCCAAUCGGACGACCACCGUAACUAUGAGACAUUCAGAGAAAACUCAUAG